UACGAACACCACACUCUCUCCUCUUGCGUGCUUAGUUUUCCAGGUGAGAUAUAAGCAGGUGGUGAUUUCUAGUGGACCUGCUUACACCUGCUGCCAUGUGCUGAGGUGUGCGUGAGCGUGUGAGCGUGAAGAUGUGGCACAGAGGAGGAGGAGAAGGAAGAUGUGAAGGAGGAGGAGGAGGAAGAAGGAUAAGAAGAAGAGGAGGAGAAGGAAGACUGCUAAUGGCCUUGUGUUUUCUCUGUGGAGUUCAGAUAUCCUUCGCCACGCCCCCUGUGCUUCUGUACUCUACCCUGUCCUGGGGCGGCCUGCGGGGGAAUAUCACCUUCUCCUGGGGCGGCGAGGGGACCAAUGUGACGGUGCAGGCGGCGCUGGAGGAGACCGGGACGGAUAUUGCAGGGGAGACUAAAGAAUAUGACUGGGCUAUCUAUGACUGGCCUGUCCGUUACGAUGUUAAUAAAAGAUGUGGGCUGUCUGAUCUGGGGACGAAAAAAUGGGACCUCUCUCGUCUCCUUGGCAAGCUGUCCAUCCCCCAAGUGGAAGGUCCCCAGGUGUUUGAGACUGAUCAGCUGGCCUUGGUGGGGGACAACGCCAUCUGGGGGAGAAGCAUCAAAAUUACUGGCCCCAAAACCACCUGUGCCAAUUUACACGGAGUGGGCGGCGAGAGGACCUACGAGGCGCGCUUCCAGGCUCCCGUGGGCGGCUCGGUGUGGCUCAGAACGUGGGCGUGGGACGUGGGUACAGGGAACGCCUCACAGAAGGGCCUGCAAACCACAAUAUUUACAGAUGUUUACCACACAGCUGCUGACGACCCCGCUAGCGGCGACCACAAUUGGUCUCUCUUCAUCACUGAUAUCUUGGAUGAGAAGGAGAACAGACCAUCUUGCAAUUUUCUGAGCCGCGUUUACGACUCCGUGGGAAGAGAGAAGUGUGACGACACCGGCUGCCCCCUGGGGGACUUAACUGCGGCUCACGGGCCCCUCAGGGUGUCCGCGGCCAGAUCGCGGUUCUCACGCAAGAUGUACACCUCCACAAAACUGACCCUGCCUGACCUGACGGGGCCGCGGAAGCUGUACCUGGCCGUGAUGGGCUCCUUGCACCCUGACCACCUGUGGGCGUGCACGAAGCUCAGACCAGUGCUGCCGAAGAAGGCCCGGGCGGUGUUCGAUGCCCUGGGAGUGACGGGGCAUAUCACACUCACACAGGCGUCGCUCUUUGCCCCCACGGACGUCACCCUGGCUCUGGAGGGCCUUAAGGGCAUGGCAGGAGGUUUUCACGUGCAUGAGCUCCCAGCGUUACCCCCGAGGAACCCUGGGGUGGCGCACUGCUCGGCCACAAAGGGUCACUAUAACCCCUAUGGUGUAGACGUGGCCUCCUCACCAGAGCCUGGCCUUGGUGCCCACGACCAGUAUGAGCUGGGGGACCUGAGCGGGAAACACGGCAUGCUCCUUGGUCUGGAAGAUGCGCAUGCCACAGUUACAGACCACAACUUGCCUCUCUUCGGCCCGCGCUCAGUGUUGGGCCGUAGUCUGGUGGUGCACAAGGCUGAGGGCGCGAGGUGGGUGUGUGCUAACCUCCGCCCCACCAGACCACAGCUGCGCGCCUCCGUCACCUUCCGAUACCCGCUGGUGGGGGAGAUUAUAUUCGAGCAGGAGGCGGAUGACCCGCUCUCCGACACCUCUGUGCUGGUGACCUACCUCGUGUACUCUGACGGCAGCAGGAACACCACGGGCGACCACCGCUGGCACGUACACCUCCACCCCCCCGGCAGGGACUUCUACAACUGGACCAUGCGGUGUGUCAGCGCAGGCCCGCGGUACAACCCCUUCAAGGUAAGCACAGACGAGAAUCAAUACAAGGGGUGCGGCGUGGACACACCUUCCAAAUGUGAACUAGGGGACCUGUCUGGGCGCCACGGGAACAUCAGGGUCUCGGGAACAGUGAAGGGCGCCCCGGAGACACAAAAGAUGAUGACGGACACCAACCUUCCUCUCUCGGGGCCCCACAGCAUCCUAGGACACUCUAUAGUAAUACAUGAUGACUUCGCUCCCAAGCACCGUGGUGAUAGGAUGGCUUGCAUGAGCAUCCACCGCAUCUUUAGGCACAAGGGCGUGGUGGGCAAGUGGCACGCGACGAGGGGAGCAGGAGCGGUGGAAGGCAAGAUUGAGUUUGUGCAGGAGUCAGAAUACGACCUGACCAAUACUGAGGUGGAGUUGCGGGGCCUGGCUGGCAUGGCGGGGGGAUACCACGUGCAUAUGGUCCCAGUUGAAAGCGAGCUGGAAUUCCCGUGCGAGGCAUCAACAACUCUUGGCCACUAUAACCCUUUAAACAUAACCCCGAGUGACUCCCCGGCUCCCACCAAGGGCACGGAUGACCUGUACGAGAUGGGGGACCUCUCAGGGAAGUAUGGGGGGCUGCACGGACAGACUUGGCUGCACGAGUUUUACAAUGAUACGAACCUGCAACUGUUUGGGCCCACCUCGAUCAUGGGACGGUCCGUGGUGAUUCAUAAGAUACAGCAGAACGCGAGGUGGUUCUGCGGCAGCAUAGGGUGGGGGUAUUCGCCUGCUGAGGCCCGCCAGGUGUCCGCCAUCGCCUCCUUCCACAACCCUCAAGGAUACGCCGAAGGAUACGUCAGGAUGCGUCAGUUGGUGUACAUGGACGGUUCUUUCGGGGAGACUUUCAUCGAGGUGAACUUGAAGCACCCCGGCAGGAACAACAGGAACGUGACGCGGCGGCACAAUUGGUCCGUGUACGUCAACCCUGUAGGUGUGGACGCAGGUGUGAAAUUUUUCCAGUCCAGGUGUGUAGCGGCGGGGUACAGGUGGAAUCCGUACCUCAUUCACCUGGCCUUCCCCAAUGACCGGGAUUACUACGAGAGAGAGUGUGGCCCAGAAGUCCCCCUGCGUUGCGAUGUUGGGGACCUCUCUGGCCGUCUUGGUACUAUUGACGUUGGAGACAAGCGAUUCGUGUUUGUGGAUCGCAAUCUGCCCCUGUCUGGUCCACACGGCAUCAUGAACCGGGCCAUUAUCAUCCACACGGAGAACGCGGGAGUGGAGCGGUUCGCCUGCGCCAAUAUAGAACCAGACGAUGACAUAAUUAAGUGGGUCAUUAUCAGAAAGGCGCCCAAAUUUUCUGUGCCUACCUUCAUGAUGGACAUGCGCGAGGUGUUAGGGGCGCCCAAGUGGUUCCUGGCAGCUGACCUCCAGACGGUGACCUUUUCCAGUGACCAGCAGUGCGUGACCUUCGUGGUGCACUUCAUGGGCCCCAGCGCAGGUCGUCUUGAGCUGGACUUCUCCCGCGUGCUGGCUGGCGGCAUUCUGGACCACCCCACCAUUACCAUCAGGGGCGUGUACCCUGACCCGGACCGCCCCAAGAAGCUGCCCUACAGGACCUGCGGGGGCCUGGAGGAGGAGACACUGCUGGAGGAGUACAAGACAAACACCCUGUGGGAUCUCAUCAAGGGCGGCGAUGGAGACGGAGAUGCCGCAGCUGGCCUCGCCCCCGCCCCCGCCCUGCUGCUGCCAGCCCUCCUGCUGCCUCUGCUUCACCUCCUGCGAUAAGCCAUCAACAUCAAGGCAUCUUGGUUUUCACGUUUAUCCCCUCUCCCCCCCCCCGGUUCCUCUACCCCAUCAAGUAUGGGAUUCUAUUUAGCUACGUCCUUACCUCCACCCCCUUGUUCCUCUCACUGUGCAUAGGGGACCUGUACACCAUGUAGAUAAGAGGCUAUAUUGUAUGAAAUUAUAUAUUAUGCAUAGAUAUAGAAUACAAUAACAGUGUCCGUUUCCCUUUCCUGGAUGUGAAUACGAUGCCAGCUGUGUGGAGAGAGGUUGACGAGUGCCAGAGUGGAAGCUUAACUUCAACAAAACCAUGUAGUUCACUCGUUCGCUACUGGCUUACAAUACCUCGAAGACUCUCCGGAGAAACACCACGACCAUUUUCAGAGAAGGAAAAUUUAAUAAAAAAAAAUAAAAAAACUAAAAACAAUAUCUAUAUUUGGGAGCCCCUCGGACUCUUACAACACUGAUGCUCAUUAACCGGCGGCGCGCCAGCCCACGAGUCUCACUCACUAUGCUCACACGGCUGCUUUGUUACAGCAAUGCAGGGGACGUAUUGCAGGGGAGUGCUGCAGCCGCCGCCAGUCUGCAAGGUCACUGCAGCGUCACUACUCAUCUGCAGGACAGACGACGUAGAUUUGAAUUGGAAACAAACGAAUUUUAAAAGAUAAAUUUUUAACAACUAUUUGAAUAAAACAUCAGAAUUAACCGAUUUAAAAGUAACUGGGAACGUUCAAUUGAAACUGUCAAUUUGAAUUAAGCCACUCACCCAGCCAGACACCCCAGGCGCGUCGCAGGCAGAGAGGCAGGAGCGGGAAGAGAGGAGCGCUCGGGCAGGCUAGCAUCUAAAACGGCAGCAUGAGGAGCGACCUGCCAGCACACAACUUUUACUGGGUCGCUGGGAUGCGUGGGUCUUCAGGCCGCCAAUGUGGAGCGCCGGGCUGGCUGUAGCACCGUGGGGCGCCUUGUGAAGCAGCGGAGCGGGGGCACGUGGUUGGCAUGACCUAACAGUAAAUACUCUUGGCACAAUCAAUUAGUAAAGAAAUUAGCACAAUCAAUUAGUAAAGAAAUCGAUGAGUAAAGACGGUAAAGAUUUCAAUUAAGCGACGCAAACAGUACACCAGGUCGUUACUCGACACAUUUGUACAAAUAUUUACACUACUCUAAAUCCAAAAUAACGAAAACGCAAGACGCCUCAACACCAAUAAGUUGCCCAAGGACCAAAAACACCUCAGUAUUGAACUUUCCAUAACUCCAAAUGCUCAUUACAAUAAACGAGCCAUUACAAGUUAAAAGAUUACACCAUUAAAAGAUUACACCUGAAGAGAUAACAGCUCACCUGGUAGUGGCUCCGUGUGCCGUGGGAGCGUCAUGUCACUGAAGAGCAGGACAAGGAGGGCGAGGGAAAGUGAAUGAUAAUGAUCUGAAGGUAAUUACACUAAACACAACUUUGUACUCAGUGUUGCGUGGUCCUGUCCCCGCUGUUGCCACCUCAAUCCUGAAGACACCUGACAUAACAACCAGCAGAGUGUUACAGUAUGACGAUAGGAGAUUGUCACGCACCUGUCGACUGUCAAGGUGAUGAGAGAGGAACAGCCAACACGAGUACCAAUAAAGCUGGAUUCAUUG